AGACAAAAGACAAAAUAAAAUAAAAUAAAUUUAAAAAGAAGGAGAAGAAGAAGCUUUCUACCUACCCUACCAUAGCAGAUUUUUUUAAAAAAAUUAUUUUCCCUCUUUGGACAUCCAGCUAAAAGCACCCUUAUUUUACUUUGCUUUUCCUAAGUGUUAAAAGAAUUAGGUUCAUAGGGAAGAACUGACAUCCUCAAUCACCGAGAGAUCUUACUAUGGUUCUCUUCCUGUUUAAAAACACUUACUGUGUCGGUUUCGUGUAAGAAACGGAUAAAAAGUGAAGACCUGUCACCUGCUCAGACGUCUACUUACUAAUGAAUCACAGAAGAUACGACGCACAAGGGGCCUUAACCGAGUUACAAUUCCGUCAUCCAGGGCACAGAGAGAUCCAGUGCUCGUUAGGGGCCCUGGGAAAAUUCACCGAGCAGGUGUCGUUCACAUUCGGCUUUGAUGACACUUAGAUUCUGACAGGUGGGGACUGAGGGUUUCUAGGCACUUGGGAGGUCUGCCCAUGGAGUAGAGAAUACGGUGACAAGGCUGGAUCUUUGGGGUGUCUCGUGUAAUUGGACCCACACUGCUCCAAAAAGAGGGGCGGGACUGAAUGAUAAUGGCCUUGAACACCCAGCGAAGCGUUCGACUCUCCUCGCUCCUCCUUAGGCACAAGGUCAGCCCUUCAAGUGGCUGCUCUCUCGCUUUUGCUCCGUCCCAGCUCUUGCGCGUCCAGACCCUGCUUCCUUCACCUGACUAUCCAGUCCAGCUGGCCUUACUGAUGACCCCCAAUUAGAAGGCUUGGUCAGGAACCGCCUCUACGCCCCCUGCCCGCGCUGCUGGUUUCCCUGGUAACUGAUGAGCCAGCCGAUGUCAGUUCCCUAUAAAUGGGAGCUUCCCCCCUCCAGCCAGCGGCGUUUGUGGCGUUUCCUGCUUUGCCGUCUGUCCGACACCACGGGGGCCUUUUUGCUUCAGACGUGAAACUGCUGCUUCAUGUUAUUGUGCUAUGUGCACCAGGGGUUUCUGUUCAUGCGGGGGGACGAGGCAUAGAUAUUCUUCAUCAACUAGGCCUUGGAGGCAAAGAUGUAGGACACUCGUCACCAGUGACCGCUGUGCCAUCACCGUCCACGCCAUCUCCUCAGGUGGUCCAUGUAACAAAUGACUCUUACGUUGAGUCACCGCUCAGGAAAGUUUUACCGGUCAGCCUAGCGCAGCCAUUUACAAUAAUAAUUGGGUUACAGUCCCGUAAAGUCAACAGUGCAUUUCUCUUCAGCAUUCGAAGCAAAAACAGGCUGCAGCUGGGAGUACAGCUGUUACCUAAGAGGUUAGUGGUGCACCUCGGAGGAACGCAGGCUGUGAACUUCAGCCACAGCGUUCACGACGGGCGGCGGCACGCGCUGGCCAUUGCCGUCAGCCGUCGGGCCGUCUCUAUGUUUGCUGAGUGCGGAGGGAAGUCCUUUCGCAGAGAGACUCUUGCGGACGCUCAGACCUUCGAUUCCAACAGUGUGUUUACCUUAGGAAGUCUGAGCAGUGACUCCGCCCGUUUUGAAGGAGUGCUAUGUCAGCUGGAUAUUAUUCCUUCCGUAGAAGCACCUGCAAACUACUGCAGAUAUGUGAGACGGCAGUGUCGCCCCGCCACAAGCCUUCUUCACAGCACCAUUGUACCAGCUGAGAUACCAGAAAACUCCCCGCUGCCCAAAAGAUCUGCUGCCAAGCCCCUGUCAGAGGACCCAUUUCCUGCAGGCAAGGGUGGUCCUGAUGUCACCUCCAGUGACUCUGCAGCGGUGCGUAAACAGCGAAAACACCAGCCAUCAGGGUCUCAGCUCACUUCUCAUUCGGGGAAUGUCUCUGCUGUGGGUCUUAUGAAUCAUGGGAUUCAGACCAAAGAAAUGAUUCCUGAGCAACUUGCUCAGACGAAUGCAAGCCUGCCAGUGACCCAUCGCAGCCUCAGUGAGGCGAGAGCAAAGAGCACGGAGAGACUGAGUUCUCUUCCCAAUGCGUCGGACGACACCGCACAGCGCAGCGAUCCCGCACCUGCUCUGUCACCAUUGAAGAAGGUGUCACCUACUCGUCCACACAGGAAACAAGACACACCUCUCAGGAAGGCGAUUGCAGCAAAUCUACAUACUAAUGAGCUCACGGAACUGCAACGGAUUUUAAACACAACCUUUUACCGCAGGUCUGAGGAGCCGUCUGGCAGUCCCCCGGAUCUAAGGAAGGAAGGUGGAUUGGACCCUGAUGCCGCUGACCCCAUGGACAGCAGCCACGAAACCAGGCAGAACGAUGACUGUUCUGACGAUGAGCAUCUGAACGCAGUGCUUGAAAUGGAGAAUCUAAGAGGGCCAAAAGGGGACCCUGGACCUCCCGGUCCCCCCGGCCCAGCAGGCAUCCCAGGCCCAUCGGGAAGGAGAGGUCCACGGGGCGUACCGGGGCCACAUGGAAAUCCUGGGUUACCUGGACUGCCAGGUCCAAAGGGCCCCAAAGGAGAUCCGGGUUUUUCCCCAGGUCAAGCCAUUUCUGGAGAAAAGGGGGACCAAGGCCUUUCCGGACUCGGGGGGCCGCCGGGCGAGCGGGGCGCCAAGGGGCCCAGAGGACACCCGGGGCUUCCAGGGCUCCGAGGCGAACAGGGAAUUCCAGGAUUCACUGGUAAUAUUGGUUCACGUGGUUACCCUGGCAGGCAGGGUUUAGCUGGACCCGAAGGUAAUGCAGGACCCAAGGGCGCCCGCGGUUUCAUUGGCUCUCCUGGAGAAGUAGGACAGCUGGGACCUGAAGGAGAAAGAGGUGUCCCUGGGAUCCGUGGAAAGAGGGGCAUUAAGGGAAGACAGGGGUUUUCAGGUGGCGUUGGCGGCAGAGGCCCAGCCGGUCCUGAUGGCAGCCCUGGACUUGUAGGUAGCAUGGGUCCUCCAGGAUUCCCUGGGCUUAGAGGCAGCGCUGGUCCUCUGGGACCCCUUGGACCUUCUGGAGUCCCUGGCCCCGAGGGUCUUUCAGGGAAUAAGGGCCUACCUGGAAGCAAAGGUGAUAAGGGUGAACAAGGCAUCGUGGGAGAGCCCGGAGAGUCAGGAUAUCCUGGAGACAAGGGCGCGGUGGGCUUCCCAGGACCACGAGGCGCCAGAGGAAAGCCAGGACCUUCGGGCCAAGCAGGCGACCCAGGACCCCAGGGACCAUCUGGCCUUCCAGGACCAGAGGGUUUUCCAGGAGAUAUCGGGGUUCCUGGACAGAACGGUCCUGAAGGAUCAAAGGGACACAUUGGAAAUAGAGGGCCUCCUGGGCCUCCUGGUCUCAAAGGAGCUCAGGGAGAAGAAGGACCCAUUGGACCCCUUGGAGAACUGGGGCUAAGAGGAAAACCCGGUCCAAAGGGGUAUGCAGGUGAGCCUGGACCAGAAGGCCUGAAGGGGGAAGCAGGGGACCAAGGAAACAUCGGAAAAAUUGGUGACACAGGACCUGUUGGCUUACCUGGAGAAGUUGGGGUGACUGGCAGCAUUGGCGAAAAGGGACAGCGAGGAAGUCCAGGCCCAGUAGGUCCCCAGGGAGACAAGGGUGCUAUGGGCUAUCCGGGUCCUCCUGGGGUUCCAGGACCCAUGGGUCCACUGGGAUUACCUGGUCGUGUUGGGGCAGGAGGUCCGCCUGGGAGUCCAGGUCCGAAAGGACGGAGAGGACCAAGAGGACCCGAGGGUCUCUCAGGAGAACAAGGUGUCCAGGGCGCCAAGGGUGAAAAAGGCCAUCAAGGAAAAAGAGGGCCGCACGGGCUGACGGGCCAGACCGGACGCCCUGGAGAGAGAGGCCUCCAGGGGAAGCCGGGUUUGCCUGGACCCCCCGGGAGUCCCGGAGACAGGGGACCUGCAGGAGAACCGGGCCCUCGAGGACUGCAAGGUGAUGCGGGACCACCUGGAGAGGCGGGUGCUGAGGGACCUUCAGGUGUGGAGGGAGAAGCCGGUCUGCAGGGCGAUCCGGGUGCAAAGGGAGAUGCUGGACCUGCAGGCGGUGUUGGAGUUUCCGGGGAGCCAGGGUUACGGGGUGAACCAGGAGCUCCUGGGGAAGAAGGCCUCCAAGGAAAAGAUGGAUUGAAGGGGAGCCCAGGAGGAAGGGGACUGCCUGGAGAGGAUGGAGAAACCGGCGAGACGGGGCUGCCAGGGAGUGUGGGGCCCUCGGGCCGACCAGGGCAGACCAACAGACCAGGACCUGAAGGAGUUGUGGGAAUUCCAGGACAAAGAGGCCGUCCCGGAAAAAAGGGUGACAAAGGACAGCUGGGGCCCACGGGAGAAACUGGAAGCCGAGGGGCCCUGGGACCAAGUGGAGAAAGCGGUCUGAAAGGCGCCAGAGGCACUAGAGGUGCCGUGGGACAUUUAGGAUUGAUGGGACCUACUGGAGAACCAGGGAUUCCAGGAUUUAGGGGCCAUGAAGGUCAACCGGGACUUUCUGGGUUGCCAGGACCUAAAGGAGAAAAGGGUUAUCCGGGAGAAGAUAGCACCGCCCUAGGACCACCUGGGCCUCGAGGUGACCCAGGUCCAGUGGGGGAACAAGGAGAGAGAGGAGAGCCUGGAGCAGAAGGCUAUAAGGGCCAUGUGGGAGUGCCAGGACCAAGAGGGGCCGCUGGACAGCAAGGGCCCCCAGGUGAGCCGGGUGAGCAGGGCGAGCGAGGACCCCGCGGAGAGAGAGGAUCUGAAGGUCCUCGGGGGAAGAAGGGCGCUGCCGGUCCUUCCGGGAGACCUGGGCUUCCUGGACUUCCAGGCCUGCCUGGGCCGAAAGGCAUUCGAGGACACCAUGGAGCAGAAGGCGUUUCAGGGAAUCCUGGAAAAGCUGGGCCACCAGGAAAACAGGGACUUCCUGGCGAAGGAGGCAGCCCGGGAAGAGCGGGACCGGCUGGGUCUCCAGGUCCUCCAGGAGCCAGAGGGCCCACAGGCCCACCAGGAAGCCCCGGAGGCCAGGGCCCGCAGGGUGAACGCGGGCUGCCUGGGCAACCUGGAAGUCCAGGUAAUCGAGGGCACCAAGGAGCACAAGGCGGCCAAGGACCACGCGGCGAGCCUGGCGCGAAAGGGCAGACCGGCGAACACGGCGCUCAAGGUCUGGCAGGCUUCCAAGGAUUCCCAGGCCCCAAAGGUCCUGAGGGAGAUGCCGGCGGUGUUGGAACACCAGGUCCUAAGGGCCCUUCUGGACAGAGAGGAAACACUGGAUCCCUUGGCAGAGAAGGUGUAACAGGCCCGGCGGGUAGAACUGGACCCAGAGGUGAAAAAGGCUCUAGAGGUGAAACGGGCCCCCAGGGACCAAGAGGAAAACCAGGGCCUCCCGGUCCACCUGGAGCACCGGGCCCAAGAAAACAAAUGGCUGUCAGUGCUGCUAUUCAAGCCUCGACUGACUCACAUACUGCCCUACGGAUGGAGAGCUACCAGAAUACCGAAGUGACUUUAAUUGACCACAGUGCAGAGAUACUCAAAACCUUGAAAUACCUUAGCGAUUUACUGCGCAGCAUCAAGAGUCCUCUUGGCACUCGAGAUAACCCAGCACGAAUCUGCAAAGAUCUGCUCAACUGUGAACACAGAGUAUCAGAUGGAAAAUACUGGAUUGAUCCAAAUCUUGGAUGCCCUUCAGAUGCCAUUGAGGUUUUCUGCAAUUUCAGUGCUGGUGGUCAGACGUGUUUAUCUCCGGUUUCGGUGACAAAGUUGGAGUUUGGAGUUGGAAGAGUCCAGAUGAACUUCCUUCAUUUACUGAGCUCAGAAGCCACCCACGUCAUCACCAUUCACUGUCUAAACACUCCUGCGUGGCCAAGUGCUCAGACGAGCUCAGCACCGACUCUUGGUUUCAAGGGAUGGAAUGGCCAGAUUUUUGAAGAAAACUCUCUCCUUGAACCCAAAGUGCUUUCAGAUGACUGCAAGAUUCAAGACGGCAGCUGGCGUAAGGCAAAAUUCCUUUUUCACACCCAGGACCCUAACCAACUUCCAGUAACUGAAAUACAAAAUCUUCCUCAUCUCAAAGCCAAACAGAAGUACCACAUUGAAAGCAGUUCUGUAUGCUUUCUCUGAAGUCUCCGAAUUAGUUCAGAAUUCAUUCUGUUGGCCAGGUAAUUGCUGCAGAGGGAAAAAUAUAGACAGACAGAAACCAUUGGAUAAAGCAUUGGCUAAAUCUUAAAGAAUCUCAGGAAGAAAAGAAUUCCUCCUAAGGAGAAAAGGCAUUUUUUUAAAGGACUAUAACUGAUAAAAGUAUUUAAUUCUUUUAAAAGUUAUAUUGAUCUGAGCUUUCUUAGAGACUUCCCUAGAGCUGAAAACUUAUAAACAUGGAAUUCUUCAGGGUAUUCUGAAUUUUUUGACUGUUGAGAGCAAAGUACCCAUUAGACAGCUGGAGAUGCAAAGCACAGUGGAGCAAUACUGGCUAAUGCUCCCGAAUGUGCAAUGCUUCUGUCUAAAAACUGCAAAGCACAGUCUAAAUCGUGUAUGACCUUCCCAAGACGAAGCUGUAUUCCGGUCCCCAGGGGCACAUCCAUCUCGGCCGGUGGUACACUACCUCUUACGUACUGCUUUUUGUGUUGCUUGGUGCUCUUUCUAAAACAAGGUGCUUAUGGCUUACAUAGACUCUUUUCUUUUUCCUCUUUGUCUGUCUUUAAGACUGUAUGUACUGGUUACAUCAAGAUAUAUUUUGGCUGUUAGUACUUUUUUUCUGGUCAAAUACUUAAUAACAAGUAAAACAUUAUUUAUGUGAAAUCCUUGUUCUACUUUAAAAUUCUCUCUGUGGAUACAGGACCAAAGUCAGCACAGUGUAACCUGCGCUUAAGCACAAGAGAAUUGGGAGGGGUUUUUGUUUUUUAAAUUGCUGUAAAAAAUAUUAUAUAGGCCAGCUACAUCCAGUAGUAGGUUUGGGUUAGUUUAGGGGUUGUGAUAUACUAUUUUUAAAAACCCAAGAUCAUCUGGAAUGAUACUCUGUAUAUAUAUAUAUUUUGGUGAAGUUCUAAUUCAGCAAAUCUUUUGAAAUUGCUGCUGUUUUAAAUUAUAAAAACAUUACAUUUCUGCUUCAUAUAAAUUACAUGUUUUGUAAUUAUACAUUUGCUUUUACUGUUCUUAAUUUUAAUGUGCUGGGACCUAAAAUAAUUUACCAGUCUUUAAAGCCACCCUCAGGGGAACAAAAACAACCUUUUGCCAUUUAAAAUAGGACCAGUAACUUCUGACUUCACAGCUGUCAGAGAAAUGUUACUUAAGUGCUAACAGAAAAAUAUUAUACCUUAUGGUAUACAGAACAGCUUGUACAUCUAUUAUAAACAUACCAGUAGCCACAGCGAACCACACUUACCUAUCUAUAAUAAAAAAUUAUUUAAAAUCUUUUUUGGUGGUAUUUAUUUAUUUUUUUGACCACAUCUUUUUAUUAUGUGUGACAGCCUGUCUGGCAUAGACCUUCUGUACUAGGGAUAUUUAUGUUAUUAGAAAGCAUCUAUUAUGUACCUAUAAAAGGACUGUAAGGCCUAUUUCCUGCUUACAUAAAAUGAGGUCACGACAUAUAAAUAAACUCUCUCAUAUACAGUCAACUGGCUUCCAAAAAGGGAGCCAAGACCAGUCAAUGGAAAAAUGGAUAGUUUUUUCAAAAAAUUGUGCUGGAAAAACUGCAUAUCCACAUGCAAAAUAAGGCAGUUAGACUCUUAUUUUACAUGAUAUACAAAAUUAACUCAAAAUAAUGAAAACUAUUACCAUAACCCACAUUUGUAGUAAUAUCAAAAUUCUUAAAAAUAACAAAAAAAUGGCUCAAAGUCCUAAAUGUACAAGACAAAACGAUAAAACUCUUAAAAGAAAACUUAGGGGAAAGGCUUCAUGACAUUGGAUUUGGCAAUGAUUUUUUUGGAGAUGACCCCAAAAGCACAGUUAACAAAAGAAAACACUAAAUUGCACUACAGCAAAAUUUAAAAUUUCUGUGAAUCAAAGGACCCUACGAUCCAGCAAUCCCACUCCUGCAAAUCUAUCCAGAGAAAACCAUAAUUCAAAGAUACAUGGGGAUUAAGACGAAGGUAUAGAAAGACUGGAGCUCAACUUCUCUCCUAAAACAGCAAAAUUCACAACUAAAGGCUGAGCAUUCUUCACCCAAAUGGACCAGAAACCUUAAAAAAGAUAUCCUACUCCAAAAGACAAAGGAGGCC